AUGGUGAAAUGUUGUAGCUUAUCUGAUGUCCAACUGGCACAAGAAAUCAUUCUUUUUCUGACCCUUCCUUUCAUGAAUUCUAAAAGAGACAUUCCCACUUUUAAAAUUAUCACCUUAGGGGGUUCAAAUGUGGGAAAGUCUAGCAUCCUGCUAAAAUACAUCAAAAACGAAUUCAGUGAGAACAUGGCAAAUACAGUGGGAAUAGACAAUAUAAACAAGGUGGUAAAUAUAAAAGAAUGUGGAAAUGGCAACGGUGGCUGUGCUGAGGAUUUGACUGAUAUGCCUAUCCAUUUACAGAUUUGGGAUACAGCAGGCCAAGAGAGAUUCAAUUCGAUAGUCAAAUCAUACUAUAGGGGCGCAGAUGCAUUUCUGUUUGUCUAUGAUGUCACUGAUCAUCGCACACUCGAGUAUGUGGAAAAUAGAAUUUCAGAGCUGAUGCGAGAAAAGGGAGGUGGAGGAUAA